UCUCCUUGCCAAUGCUCUCGGCAGCCACGGCUUUACCACUUGGGAGCUGUCUUCACCCUGCCUUCUUUGUGGUUUAUUUUUUUUCCUACUUUCUUUCUGCAGCUUUUUUGGACCUGAGUGGCCCCAGAGAGAUCAAAGCUGUAUGGAAGGGAUCUGUCACUCUGCCAUGUGCCUACGUGCCUGUGGAAGACCUUGUGCAGCAAACCCUCACCUGGUCUGUGGUACAUGACCAGAGUUCAGGCACCAUCUUUCGGAGGGAUGGCUCUGAGGACCAUGUGCUCCUGUCUGAGUACAGGGCCAGGGUCAGUGUCCCAAAGGACACCCCAGGGAAUGUGUCUCUCGUCAUCCUGAACCUGGAGGUCACUGACAGGGGAACCUACACUUGCCAGGUCACCUGGAGAGCCAGCAAUAACAGCCUGAUAGCAAAGGAGAUCACGACAAAAGUGGAGGUUGUUAAAGUGGCAGCCACCAAGCCCAUCAUCAGGGCUGGCGAGUUGGGGCUGACAGUCCCGGCCGGAGCCAGCACCAGCCUGACAUGCGAGGCCAGCGGGUCCCCCCCCAUCAGCUACCGCUGGUUCCGCAGCAUCCCGGGCGGCAAAGUCCCACUCCAGAGCAGCGGGGCCGAGCUGGUGUGGGACAACCUGCAGCCCUCUGACAGCGGGAUGUAUUUCUGUGAGGCAGCAAACAGGGCUGGGGCCGGAGUGGCCCAACAGAGCGAUGCUGUGGAGCUGACAGUGACAGAUCUACCCACAACAACAGCGGCCUUGUGGAAGGAUGUGGGAACCCCAGGGAGACACCACCUAAUCACAGAAAAAACCCAAACAGAGCUGGUGUUCAGAGGUACCUCAGGAAUCUCCUGGACUCCAUGGGACUCCACCACUACCACAGAUCUGCCCAUAACAGUGACUGCAGUGACUUCUGAGAGUGGUGUGAGAUAUCCAGAGAAGAAUUACACAACGCAGGAUUUCCAGAGGACCGGUCUGUCCCUGCACCUGGUCAUCCUGAUUGCUGUGGUGUGCGGUGCUGUGGUUUUCCUUGUCAUCUUUCUUAUCACUUGCAUUAGAAAGCCCAAAGAUGCUCAAGCCUAUGACGUAAAAUUCCAUAACUCAAGAGCAGCAGCUUCUUCAAGGCAUGAAAACACAGGGCACUAUGAGGAACCCAUCUCCUUCACUGAAAACAACUAUGUGAUGGAGCCCAUGGAAAACAAAAGUGUUGAAGAAGUAAAUAAGAAUGCAUCUGACUGUGUUGAAAACCCCCAGGAAUAUGAGUAUGAAGUAGGGGACACUUCCUAAGAACCAGCAGUGCUCUGCAGGUACCAGUCCCGAAGAGCACCUUCACUCAGGCAAAAUUUAUCUUUCUUUUACCUUUGCCUCUGAAAAAUAGGUUGGACAAGCAGUGGUUGCUCUUCCUUCACAAUCCCUGCAGUGAAAAUGCACACCUCUUCAGGAUCUUCAGUUACAGACUGCUGUAGAGAACUUCUGAUUUUGCUUUCCUUGGUUCCCUUUCAUCACAUCUGUCCGAGGACCUGGAAUGCAAGUCCGAGGCUGGGAGCACUGUGCUAAACUUACUGCUUUAUAUGGCCCAAAGGACCAGCAUUCCUAGUCUUCAUGUGGUGGUGGCAGAACCAGCACCAAGGACUGCUCAGCAUCCCCAUCCCUGUGGGUGAGCAGGGCAGGAUGCAGCUGGCCUGGGAAUUGAUGGUUCUCCUCCUGCCCACCGGAUGCUGCACAGGUGGUAGAAUGUCCUUUUCAUGUGAGAGAGCCCUUAGAGAAACACUGAAAUGCAGAUUAAAGCUAGGAGAAAACCAAGAACCUGCCGCACCAGGAGCAGCAGUGCAAGAAGUAGGAACGCACCUGCUCAGCUCCUGUGCUGCCCUCGAUCUCCCUCCACAGCACAGAGGUACAAACACACUGGCCAUAGCUCUGGGCAGUUCUGAUACUGCAACCAACACAUUCUUCCUGAGCUCACCUUCUCUGGUCUCUCCUUAAAUGCAUGUUUGUUAUUUGAAAGAAAUUAGAUACUUCUCCGUAAAUUUGGGAUCGGAUUGUUUACACAUGCCUCACAUAUUUUGUUGUGUGUAAUUCUGCACAACCAGCUCAUCUUUAAACCCCAGCAAGCACUCACAGCUCCUCAGUAGAUACUCAGGAAGCACUUUUCUUCCACCUUAAAGAGCCUGAAGGGUAAGCUAUGAAUAAUUUUUAUUGCCCUGAGUAAAUCUAUAAUGUGGGUACUGCAAUUCUGGAAGAACCUUUUUAUAAUGAACAGGGCAAUCUCAAAUUCUAUUAAAAGUCAUGUGGACAUGUGUAAAACAGAAGGAGUGAUGUAAGGGGAACACUGGUGGCAGAGGCACAGGAUGAGUGGGGUCCCACAUGUGCUGCUCACACUUGGGACCUGCACCUGCAGGUCUCUGUAAGCAUCGUUUGAAAACUGGAAAGGCAUUCCAGUCAAAAACCAGGCUUGCAAUACUGUAAAAACCACCAUGGAAUGCUGCCACCUUAUGUAUGCAUAUUGGUUUCAUCUUGGAGUGGCUUAUCAGAGCAAGAAACGUUACUGAAAAAGAUUAUAAAGGAUAAUUAUUGGCACAAAACCACAGCUGCACAAAUGCAGUCUCUUGGUCAGCUUGGAAAAAAGAGAAAAAGGAACAAAUGAGCCAAGUGUGCUCAUGGUGACCAGUGCUGAGAAGGUGAGGAGAUGUUUGGUUACGGCUUCUCUGAAAAGGAUGCAGAAAUUAGUGCAAACUGUCUGGUAGCACUUUUAAAAGGUAAGGAAAAGUGCUUCUUGUAUGCAACACAGAAAUAAGUGUGGAACACGGUGCUGCUUGCUCCAGGCUGAGAGAGCCAGUGGUCCAAUGGAAAAUUAGACAAAUGAAUGAUAUAAAAGUUCACAAAAAUGCACUCACUGCCACAAACACAUUCCAGGCACUUAUCAGUGGCCUUAUACUUUCUCCCUACAUUUCUUGCACCACAAGUUUUAUUUCUCUUUGUUAAGAAUGUACUUAAAAAUCAAGUGCUAGAAAACCCCGAUUUCCAAACAGAGAAAGAGGAACACACAGCAGGUGCUGUUGGUGUCAUGGAGAAAACUGCCAACGUGUUAUCUGCAGCUUACUGCAGAUGUAGAGAAGC